CAAUAAACAACAAACACUUUCAAAGAAAAUAAUAUAGAAAUAAUGAAGCAGUCACUUCUUUCCAUCUUAAUACUUCUACUAUCAUCAUCAUUUGCACCCAUCCACGCCCGCAACAAACCACAGCCGGCAAAUUCUCCUUCACCCGUAGCUUCUCCAGCGCCAGGACCAUCAAAUUCUGAUUGCUCCAGCAUUAUAUAUGACAUGAUGGAUUGUCUCUCGUACCUUACCCCUGGAUCAAAUGAUACUACGCCCACAAAAGUUUGUUGUCGCGAUCGGGGAAUUCUAUCUGUUCUACAAUAUAAUCCUAAGUGUAUUUGCAUUGGUUUAGAAAGUAGCAAAACUAUGGGGUUUGCAGUGAAUAACACUAGAGCUCGUGCCAUGCCUACGACAUGCAAGCUCUCCAUUGUUGCUCCUCAUUGCGCGAUCCUGGACGAGGCGACACCGGCUGCAUCUACUGCUGUUUCUCCAUCGGCUGGAAUAUCUAUGACUUCGCCAUCUUCGGUCGGGUCACCAACAUCUUCACCAUCUUUGGCUGAGUCGCCGGUCAUGACUGCACCAUCUCCCUCGAGUUCUGGCACCAACCACCUCUCAGUUUCAACACUGACCCUCUUUUCUGUUAUAGUUUCUUCUGUCACGUAUAUUUCUUUUUUUAAUUAAUUGCAAUUUCACUCGUUAUCAUAUACACUUCUACUGAGUUGGAAAUUUUAUGGUUGUUAUUUGAAGACAUAUGAUGUUCUUUUUAU